ACAGAGCCCAUCACCUUGCCAAGGUCCUCCGAGCUGUGACACUUUAUCACCGCGACCAGAGCUUGAUUUACUACUACCAUACACAAGUUCGCCGAGAUGGAUUCCCAGUCAUUCGAUUAUUGGAUGUCGCAAGGCCAUUACGUUCCUCCACAGCAACAACACACAACACUGUACGAAGUACCGCCAGAAAUGUCGAAAGUACCGAGUCUGAGCGGAUCGCCAGUAUCGUCGACAUACGAUCAGUUCCCCGCACCACUACACCAGGCCUACUAUCCUCACAUUGUCGACGAGCCAAUGCACUUCGGAUCAUAUCACAUGCCAAUGACACCCUCAGAGUUCGGCUCGGACCACGACAGUCCUUACUGUAGUCCACGACCACUAUCACACGCGGAACCCGUUUACAUGACUGGCUCUGCAUCUUUGCCUGCUGAGAAGACACACACCACAUCGGGGCGUCGACGAGCACAGAAUCGAGCAGCCCAACGCGCCUUCCGCGAGCGGAAAGAGAAGCACGCCCGUGAUCUCGAAGUCCAACUCUCAGCUUUGAACGAGAGAUACAACAAACUCGAAGUAUCACACACCGAGCUCAACACCGCAUACGAGAAACUUCGAAAAACUAUUGAGCUCCUGACUCAAGACGACGAUGCCGAAGGCGAAGAUGCGGACGGCAAGACGAUUCGACGCAAGAGCAGCAGUUCAGAUACUCUCCGAAAGCUACUCGAGAUACUACAUGGGGAGAUCAAGGGUGUAAUGCCAGUCAAACCGGAGUCGAAUUGAGCGUUUCUUAUUACCUGUUUGCAUCACACUUCAUCUCAGACCACGAUAUUGUAAGGUCAUGGCGUUUCAACGGCGUUGCUCACGGCCCAAAUUAGCGAUGGGGCCUUAUAGAUGGGAUAUUCGAACGACUUACGAGCUACGACGACGAAUCAU